GCCAUCGGCUAAAAGAAUUUGCAACAUGGUUAAUUUCUUUUUGUUUGAUUAUGUUGGCCUUGAUGUUAUGCUGUGAUAGAGGGGUUUGCAGCGCAUUAUUUGAGGGUGAACUACCUCAAGAUUGACAGGAAGUCGUCUAGGGUUCUUGUAACUGGUGGAGAAGUCUAUGAAUUUUUAAAAUAACUCAAAUGUAAAAAUAUAAAUAAUUUAUUAAUUAUAAACAAUCUAUCAUAAUCCUAUAAAAUCUUGUUGAUAAAAUCCAUUAAAAUCUAUCUAACUCUGUAUAGACUUAAAACAAUCUAUUGAUUUUACAGAAUCCUUGAAUUCUAAACAAUCCAUUAGAAUCUUCUAAAAUCUGUGUAACUCCUAAGAAAUUUUCUAUGAGUAUGUUUGUUUGAGAAUGAUAACGGAACAAUACCACCAGCCAAAAAUUGAAAAAUAUGGAGUACGUCUUACUUUCAAUUUCUUUUGCCAUUGAAAGGGCAGGUGUGAGCAAAUACUGAAUCUAGCUUUAUUUGAUUGGAGUGGGAUGACACUCAUGGCGGUCUUGGAGUCAGAUCUUAGAGCUCUCUCUGCGGAGGCUCGCCGCCGGAACCCUAACGUUAAGGACGCCGCAGAACAUGCUAUUUUGAAGGUUAGGACGGUUAAGUUGAGUGUGAUUGGACUAUCUUGCCUGCAAAAGCUCAUAUCCCAUGAUGCAGUUGCACCAUCAGCUUUAGAGGAGAUUCUGUGCACCCUCAAAGACUAAUGUUGUAAAAGACACUUUGAGCACAAAAGACGGGUGUUGGAGCAUAUCGUCUAGUAAGGAAUUAGCUAGGUCGAAGUUGAGUAAAAGUAAAAUUAAAGGGGUCAAAGGAGCAGGAGAUUAAUCGAGUAAUGGUGACAAAUCUUACAGCAAUGAAAAUCAAGAGCAUGGUGAAAUGGCUGAUGAGAGUCUUCAAC